AUGACAGAUGCUUUGGAACAGAGCGUCCUUGCGUUGGAGGGAACAGUUUCAGUAUUGAAGGAUUCUGUGGAGUCUUUAAAAUGUGCAAAUGAGCCAAGCACGAACCUUGCAUCGACAAUGUUGCAAACCAAAAGGGUUUUCCGUUUAGUUCCCGAAUAUGAUGUUGAAAGAUCAAAAUUAGAUUUGAUUGAAGAGGUAGAACCGCUGGUUAGGACUCUGGGCGAUAAGUUACGUAAAUCUAUGGGUAGAAUGCAAAGGGAACUCGAUACUUUGCAGCAAACUUAUGAAUUAAACGAUUUAAGGCUAAAGAAGAACAUUAGUAUGGAUGACGAUGAUGCUCUGAAUAGUCCAGACAUGGGUCAAGAAUACGAAGGCAGAGACGCGGACGACGUGGUUAUGAUGGCAUCUUCUACUAAUGAGGAAUUGGAAGAAUUGAAGAAACUAAAGGAAAAGAAGAAGCAACUGGAGAAUAAGUUGGAAAUACUCAAACAGAAAUAG